CAUGUCAGUUUCUCAAACUCCUCUUCCCCAGUAUUUGAAUGGUGAGCUCAGCCAAGAAACCAAAGACCUAAUAUCCACACUACCUAAGGAGAAGGGUUUGAUUUCAGAUCAUGUCCAUCAGUACCAGGGCUUUUGGUACCCAACUAGGCAACUCCAGGGAGUGUUAGCCUCCCAGAAACACUUUCAAGCCCAAGAUACUGAUGUCCUUCUAGUUAGUCCUCCAAAAUCAGGUGCCACUUGGCUCAAGGCAAUAUUGUUUUGCCUAAUGAAACGAGGGCACUAUCGUCCAGAUCUUCAGAACCAAGAUCACCCUUUGCUCAAAAACAACCCACAUACACUUGUGCCCUUCUUGGAGCUUGAUCUCUACGUCAAGGACGAAGAGAUCCCUGACCUCACCUCCUAUGACCCUCCUCCCAGGGUCUUUUCAACUCACUUACCAGUUGGAUCUCUGCCGGAAUCUGUCAAAGACUCUGCUUGCAAGGUUGUCUAUCUGUGUAGAAACCCUAAGGACAUAAUAGUUUCAGUUUGGCACUUCGCAAACAAAUUGAGGCCCAAGCAUAAGGGAACCAUUUCACUUGAAGACGUAUUUGAAAGUUUCUGCAGCGGUAUGUAUGCGUUUGGACCCCUUUGGGAUCAUGUGCUUGGUUAUUGGAAGGCAAGCUUGGAAAGGCCUGAAACGGUGUUCUUCAUGAAGUUUGAGGAAAUGAAGGAACAACCCGAUCUGCACUUGAGGAGGCUAGCUGAGUUCUUGGGGUGCCAAUUUUCACCUGAAGAAGAGGCACAGGGAAUGGUGGACAAUAUCUUAAGGCUGUGUAGUUUUGAAAAUUUGAGCAAUUUGGAUGUAAACAAAAGCGGGAAACAAUCAACAGGGGUGGUGAAUAAUGCUUUCUUUCGGCGAGGAGAGGCGGGAGACUGGAGGAGUUGUUUGACACCUGAAAUGGUGGAAAAGCUAGACCGUAUCACUGAAGAGAAGUUGCUCGGUUCUGGAUUCCAAUUCUAAUUAAGCACUAACUUCUCGGGUUUCUUGCAUGCAUGUAUGUCGGUAUGUGUGGUAUAAGUUACUUUUUUUUUAAUUAAAAGACUGGUGCAGCUGUCCUUAACUGUUCUUUUCGUUUAAGCGUUUGUCAACUUUGUAUGUAAUUUGACGUUGGCUAGUUCUAAUGUCAAUGUUUCAAUCUCGGUCAUGAAAUAAAAAUCUGUCCAUUUUCGACCUG